GCAUCUGCGUUUAGCCUUCUCCAGUUGCCAGAGAACACCUUGAGAAGUGUAGCUCAUGUAGAGGUCUCUUGACGAAGCCGUCUUCAUGGUGCGAUUUCAUGACUUUAUUCUUUAGGAUGAAGCAUGUAAGGAUACCACAUUUGCUACUACUGUUUGUGUUUGUGCGUGCCUGCUUUGCACAAGCAGAUUUUGCUCCAUAUUUCUACGACAAUGGACCCUACAGUUACAAUGGAAACCUGGCCUUGUUCAGCCUCUCAGAGGACACUGCUGUUGGUACACAAAUUUAUCGUCUUAAUGGCACAGAUCCUGAAGGCCAGGAGGUGAGGUAUGGCCUUUCCUUUGAUCCAGGGUCCAAAGAGUACUUCAGGGUCGACUCCAAAUCUGGAAACAUUACAUUAGUAGAAAAGCUGGACAGAGAGAAAGAAGACUCUAUUGAUGUUCUUGUCAGCAUCACUGAUGGGCAAAGCAAGGUUGUGGAAAGAGUGACAAUAUUUGUAAUGGAUGCAAAUGAUGAAAAGCCUGAAUUCCAAAACAUGCCUGCGAUCAUUGAUGUACUGGAAACAACAGAGUCUGGAAGCAGUAUCUACAAAGUUGAGGCAGUGGACAGAGACACAGGCUCAGGGGGCUCGGUCACCUACUACCUGCAGAGUGCUCAGUCCACUCUGUUUGCCAUCGACAGACACAGUGGAGUCCUUCGUAUCAAAUCUGGAGAAAUGCUGGACUAUGAGAAAGCAAGGACACACUUUGUCAUUGUUAUUGCAAAGGAUGGUGGUGGUAGCUUUAAUGGGAAGGAGCAAUUUAUGUCCUCCUAUGCUACCCUGACAAUUAAUGUGAUUGAUGCUCAAGACACUCUGCCAUCUUUCAUUGGGACACCCUACUUUGGCUAUGUUUAUGAAAUCUCAGUGCCAGGAUCUGAAAUAUUCACUGUUGAGGCCCGAGAUGGUGAUGUGGGGAACCCAAAUCCAGUCCGUUAUUCAUUCGAUGAUGGUGAUGACGGUGUUUUUAGUAUCAAUAAAACAAGCGGUUGCAUCACCCUGUUGACUCUCCCCAUUUAUCUGAAGAGAGAAAUCUUCAACAUUAAAGUCAGGGCUUCAGAAGUAAGUCCCGAAGGCAGACUCAUGGACUAUGAGGUCACCACAGUGGUGAUCCGUGUUGUGGACCUAAAUAACAAUCCGCCUACUUUCUAUGGAGAGAACGGCCCACAGAGCACGUUUGAGUUGACCAUGUAUGAGCAUCCACCCGAGGGAGAGAUCCUCCGGGGGCUGAAAAUCACCGUCAAUGACUCUGAUCAGGGUGCAAAUGCUAAAUUCAAUCUGAGACUGAUUGGACCAGGAAGAAUGCUGCGAGUUGUCCCUCAGACUGUACUCAACGAGGCCCAAGUCACAAUCUUAGUAGAAGACUCUGCUGCCAUGGACUAUGAGAAAUACCACUUUCUAACAUACAAGCUCCUUGCGGUUGAGAUUGACACACCAGAGAAAUUCAGCGCUACAGCGGACAUCGUCAUUCAUCUCCUGGACACCAAUGACAACGCUCCCAAAUUCUCUUCAGAUUACUACAUUGCCAGAAUUCCAGAAAAUUCACCCGGUGGCUCCAAUGUGGUCACAGUCACGGCAUUUGACCCAGACUCAGGACCUUGGGGUGAAGUGAAGUACUCUAUCUAUGGAUCAGGGGCUGAGCUGUUCCUGAUCAAACCUGACUCUGGGAUCAUCUACACACAGCCGUGGGCAAGCCUGGAUGCUGAGGUGAGGUCCAAGUAUAACUUCUAUGUGAAGGCAGAGGACACAGAGGGGAAAUACAACCUGGCUGAAGUCUUUGUGACUGUGUUGGACUUGAAUGACCACUCUCCUGCUUUCUAUGAUAACUUCCUUGAGAAGACCAUGGUGAUUGGAGCUCCAGUGAAAAUAGAGGCUGUGGAUGAUGAUGCAGAGGUCCCCAACAACGUUAUCGAGUAUGCCAUCAUGAAAGCUGAGCCAGAAAACAAUAUCUUUGACAUUAACGCUGACACAGGCGAGAUCAUGCUGAAGUCCUACAUCAAGUCAAUGGCCAUCAUUCAGAACAUCACCAAGAAGAGAGACUGCACCUGGUCACUGGUGGUGCAGGCCCGUGACCGAGGCCAUCCAUCCCUCACCACCACCGCCGUCGUCAAGAUUGACAUCACUGAAGCUACUCAACUCAAUGGGGGGCCUUUGGGAUCAUUUUUAAUGCAGAAUAGAAACAAGCCUUUGCAAAUCCUAGGUAUACUUGCUGGUAUCAUUAGUCUCAUGAUCAUAGUGACAGUCCUCAUCUCCACCGCAACAUUCAUGCGCAACAAAAAGUCCAACAGGAUCCUGCCCAAUCGCCGUGUGAAGAGAAGGCCGAAGACGCAGCACACCUGGCUUUUUAAAAACCCCUUAAAGAGACCCGAAAGGAAUGAAGAGAAAUUUAAGGUUAAAGAGGAAGAGCGGGAACCAGAGGUAAUCGUGGAGAAUGUCAACCACAACAACAAUGCUGGCAGGAUUUUGAGACAGUGGCCACCGCCACCGCCACCCUGUGCACCUCCACCACCUUUUUGCUUCCCAGUGGAGAGGCAGUGGGUCAUUCCCACAGUCUCAGCAACCGUGGCACCCAAACCUCUAAAGAAGGCAGCAGUGACCAGGCAGGACUCUGUGAGCAAAGCGCUGGUUUCAGAGCUCAAGAUGAGGCUGGAGCAGAAGAGAAAGUCAGAUCAUUAA